CAAACUUAUUAGCAGUAGUAACCGUAUCGGAUGCUGUGGAAAAGGUAAAUGUGAAGCUCUGAGUAGAAGGUCAAACCAGAACUCUAAUGGCGGCCAGGAGGUCUAGGAAGAAACCAUUACAGAACAAAGCAAGCAAGCAUGUGUUAUUUUUUACGACUUGUUCCUAUACUUGACGUUGUUAGUUUCUGUUUUUGAUUUUUUCUUUAUCUUUGAAACCGUUGAAGUUGAAUAAAGAUUAUAUAAAAAGCUAUAGAGAUCGCUAAUCUGGUCUUCGCUCUUCACAUUACCUACCGUACCUUGGUUCAAAGUUCUUUGGUUUUCGUGUUCUGCUUCUCCUUUUCUUAAAGUCGAGCCUCUCGUUCUCAUUCUCUUGUUUGUUGUACUUUUCGGAUCUUCAUACUCCGUCUGGAAUCUUUUCGAACAUAAAUGGAGGAAACAUUUUGAGAUCUGCUUGUGUUUUUUCUCUGUUUUUUGUUUGGCUUCUUGAAUGUGCUCAUUCUGGUUCACGAUCUCAGUACCCAUAGAAAGGACUUAAGAAGAGUUUUGUGAAGAAUCUACUAUCAGAUCUUAGGCAAAUGGGAAGUAAAUGGAGAAAAGCGAAGAUUGCUCUGGGUUUACAUCUCUGCGUUUACGUUCCGAGGACUCUGGAUGAUUCACCCCCGUCCCUUGAUGCUGCUGGGAGGUAUUCCGAUGUGUCUUCGCUUUCACCAGUGUCCCGGAACUCAGAUUCUCGACCUUCAAUGUUGACUUCCCCGUCACCAUCAUCCUCGGGUCUUCGGCUGUCUAAAAGCGGCAGCAGAUCCUUGAAGAGGACCUGUGCGAUAUGCCUUGCCACCAUGAAACCAGGCCACGGCCAUGCCAUCUUCACUGCAGAAUGUUCACAUGCUUUCCAUUUCCAGUGCAUUGCUUCUAAUGUGAAGCACGGCAAUCAAGUUUGUCCUGUUUGUAGAGCAAAAUGGAAGGAAGUUCCUUUUCAAGGCCCUAGUUCAGAGCUCCCCCAUGGGAGGGCAAGAAUCAACCCAGUAGAUUGGCCGCAAGAUGAUGCCUGGAUGACUGUACUACGCAGACUCCCUCCAACUCGGCCAGGUUCUCACCGGCACAUUGCGUCCAUGUUCCAGGCUCCUGAGCCAAGUUUAUUCAAUGAUGAUGACCCUUUGAGUAUCCAAUCUGAGUUAGCUGAAAGACCCUCUUCUCCAAAGGAAGAUUUGGAUAGCAAUUCCAAUAGAACAAUGGAUUUGAAAACAUAUCCUGAAGUGUCAGCUGUCUCACGGCUAAACACCCAUGAGGGAUUUACUGUUCUAAUCCAUCUCAAGGCUCCUGUUGCGAGUUCAGGUCAAAAUUUAGGCAGAGGCACAGCUAACAUGCCGGCAACAACGCAAACUUCUCGUGCUCCGGUUGACCUUGUCACCGUGCUUGAUGUCAGUGGCAGCAUGGCGGGUACCAAGCUUGCAUUGCUGAAGCGAGCCAUGGGAUUUGUAAUACAGAACCUUGGCCCCUCCGAUCGGCUGUCAGUCAUUGCCUUCUCAUCUACAGCACGUCGCCUGUUCCCUCUCCGUCAAAUGACGGAUGCUGGGAAACAGCAUGCACUUCAGGCUGUAAACUCCCUGAUUUCAAAUGGUGGAACGAAUAUUGCUGAGGGUCUGAGGAAGGGUGCCAAGGUUAUGGAAGAGCGCAGGGAGAAGAAUCCCGUUUGCAGUAUCAUAUUAUUAUCUGAUGGGCAGGAUACCUAUACAGUCAGUAGUCCAGGAGGAUCCCAACCACGGCCAGAUUACCAGUCUCUUCUUCCAUUCUCUGUACGUGGUAGUGGUAACACAGGUUGUAAGAUUCCAGUCCAUGCAUUUGGAUUUGGUGCAGACCAUGAUGCUGCUUCAAUGCACUCAAUCUCGGAAACCUCUGGUGGGACCUUCUCCUUCAUAGAGGCUGAGGGCGUGAUCCAGGAUGCAUUUGCCCAGUGCAUAGGGGGUCUACUGAGUGUGGUUGUUCAGGAGUUGCAAGUAGAGAUGGAGUGUGUGCAUCCAGGUCUUCGUCUUUGUUCACUGAAAGCUGGAAGUUACACAAGCCAUUUGAUGAAUGAUGCGAGGACAGGCUACAUUGAUGUUGGUGAUCUGUAUGCGGACGAGGAGAGGGAUUUUCUGUUGUCAGUCAAUGUUCCGGCAGCGGGUGAGUCCGGUGGCAUGACAUCAUUAGUGAAGGUGCGUUGUGUUUAUAAAGACCCUGUGACAAAAGAGACUGCGACUUUAGAAGGGGAUGAAGUGAGAAUUCAGAGGCCUGAAAAUGCUGGACACAGGGUGGUGUCUAUAGAGGUAGACAGGCAGCAGAACAGGCUACAAGCUGCCGAUGCGAUAGCUGCAGCAAGAGCUGCAGCUGAGCGCGGUGACCUCACUGGUGCUGUGUCUAUCCUUGAGUGCUGCCGAAAAGCAUUGGCAGAAACUGCAUCGGCACGAGCUGGGGACCGGCUCUGUUUAGCUUUGGAUGCAGAGCUAAGGGAGAUGCAGGAGCGGAUGGCUAGCCGGCAGAUGUAUGAAGUAUCUGGAAGAGCAUAUGUGCUGUCGGGUCUGAGCUCUCACUCAUGGCAGAGGGCAACUACUCGCGGAGACUCCAUAGAUGGCUCAAGUUUUAUACAGGCAUACCAGACGCCAACCAUGGUUGACAUGGUCACCCGGUCACACAGUAUGUUACUUGGUAGCCCAACAAUCCAGCCACCAGUUCGACCAGCGCGAUCAUUUCAGUUACGACCGCAGCCUAGGUAAAACCAUUAACCUAGUAGCAGGAGGUGAAAGGGGUGGGGGGGGGGGGUAGGAGGGGGUUUAUUUUUGCUGUCAUGUAAAUGAAUAAACUGAGGUUGAAAUUGUCUGGGGGAGAGAGGGAAAAGGGUAAAGAUAUCGGGUCUUGGGAGGGGUAUAAUAUCUUUUUGUUUUAAAUCUCAAUUUGGGUUUUGUUUGUAAUUUGGGUGAUGUUAUCAUGUA